AUGUACACUCACGCCAUCACCAUUCUCACUCUCCUCAGCGGCCUUGCCAUCGCUGCCCCCACGGCCAACAUCACACCCCGGCAAGGCAAGGCAUGCUUCAUCAUCGGCAACGAAGCGCUCCCUGCCGAAACCUCCGAGGUAGUCAACCAGAUCCAGGCCUCCGUCACCUGUGACGCCAACGCAAAGACACUAGAAAAUGUCCCAGACGUAACCUCGGGCAGCCAAACCUUCUCCAAAAUCGACUUCAGCACCUCUGGCAAAACACCCCUAGAAUUCGCCACGAGCACCUUUACCACCGCUGUGCCACUCGCCGACUCCAACCUCGAAGCUUUCCAGGACGCGCUCAACGUUUAUCUAGCUACUGAAGCCGGUCUGCGCAGCUCGGGUGGUAACUUUGGGAUAAUAAAGGCGCCCAAGUUCUUUUUGGAAAUGCAGAUAAGCAGGAUUCAAACGGCGAGGGGACAGCCGCCUACAGCCGCGGGACUGCAGAUCGAUCAUCUGAGGGAUAAGGUUACGGAGAAUGCUAUUAGAGAGGAUCAGGCGAUUCUGGAUCAGGUUACGCAGUUGGCUACUCAGGUAUCAUAG